AUGCGAAAGGUGGGGGAGUUGCUGCUGGGUGGCUGUGCCCGGGUGUGGAAGUCGGUGCACAUGGCUAGCUCCGGGGUGGCGCGCCGGGACCCGCUGGCGAAUAAGGUGGCCCUGGUGACGGCCUCCACCGACGGGAUUGGCUUCGCCAUCGCCCGGCGGCUGGCCCAGGACGGGGCCCAUGUGGUGGUCAGCAGCCGGAAGCAGCAGAACGUGGACCGAGCGGUGGCAGCGCUGCAGGGGGAGGGGCUGAGUGUGACGGGCACUGUGUGCCAUGUGAGGAAGUCUGAGGACCGGGAGCGGCUUGUGGCCACGGCUGUGAACCUUCAUGGGGGCAUUGACAUCCUGGUCUCCAAUGCUGCUGUCAGCCCUUUCUUUGGAGAUAUAAUGGAUGUCACCGAAGAGAUGUGGGACAAGGUUCUGGACGUUAAUGUGAAGGCCUCAGCCCUGCUGACAAAGGCAGUGGUGCCAGAGAUGGAGAAACGAGGAGGCGGCUCAGUGGUGAUUGUGUCCUCCGUAGCAGCCUACAUUCCGCUUCCCGACCUGGGCCCUUACAGUGUUAGUAAAACAGCCUUAGUGGGCCUUACCAAGAGCCUGGCCUUAGAGCUGGCCAAAAGGAACAUUAGGGUGAACUGCCUGGCGCCCGGACUCAUCAAGACUGCCUCCAGCCAAAAGUUGUGGAUGGACAAAGAAAUUAAAAAAACCUUACAGAUAAGCAGGUUAGGCAAGCCAGAGGACUGUGCAGGCAUCGUGUCUUUCCUGUGCUCUGAGGAUGCCAGCUACAUCACUGGGGAGACAGUGGUGGUGGGGGGAGGAACCCCAUCCCGCCUCUGAGGACCUGGAAAGAGCCCAGCAGGGCAGAGAUUGGGCUCCUACUCCUGAGUCCUCUCCAGCAUUCAUCAACUAGCCUUUACCACCUCUGCCUAUCAUAUUGCUCACCUUAUGCCCCCAAAAUCAAUUCUGCCCUG